UCACGUUCUUAUGAUAAUCGUCGCAAGCUCUUUUGUCAUCUAGGCUGCCUGGCUGCCCCGUCCGUGUCCUAUCACAGGGACCUGCACUGGCUGCUCCGGGAACAGACGAUGCAGAAUAAUUCAAGAUUGGAUUAAAUUGAUUUAACUUGUGAAUGUGUACAACAACAAUAAAAUUCAAAAUCAGAAUAUGGAAGGUUAUCGUGUGAUCACUCUGUUUGUUUUUCUUGUUCAUGGUGUGUUUGGUGAUGAAAUGAUGACUGUGUCUGUGAAUGAGGGAGAAUCAGUCUUUCUAAACACUGGAGUUACCAAACAACACCGUGAUAAGAUGCUGUGGUAUUUCAACGACACACUCAUAGCUCUGAUCAACGGAGAUCCCAGAACGAGCUGUUUAUAUGAUGGAGAAGACGGGAGAUUCAGAGACAGAGUGGAGGUGGACCAUAAGACUGGAUCUCUGACCAUCACAGACAUCACAACUGAACACGCUGGACGCUAUGAAGCAAAUUUCAUCCAAAGCAAGAGCUCAGGAACCAGCACAAGCUUGAACAGAAACAGCAAGUGUGACAGCACAAAAAUCACCAGGAAAAUGAGCAACAUCGGCGACACCAUAAAAACAUUCAUCGUUUCCGUCAGCCCUUCUCUGUCUGCUCCUGACAAAACCAGUGAAGAAUUGGACGAUACGGGGAAGGAGCGGGAGUCUGACAGGAGUUCAGUUCUGAUGCCAGUUUAUGUAGGAGUAAUAUGUGCUGUUGCUGUUCUGAUGUCAGUAGCUGUAGCUGUUGGUGUGGUGUAUCUUCGCCGCAGGAGGUCUACAAAUGCAGAAGCGGAGAAAAACAAGCUUGAACAUCUGUUGAAAGUCUGAAUAUGAGGAAUAAGACUGAUGUCAUGUGAGUGAUGCCAAUGGGAUUAGUGGAUCCCAAUGGUCCCGGUCAUAGUUAGAAAGAAGGGUCUGAGUGGACGUCCACGACAUGCGGAGUCCCACAAGGCUCAAUUCUAGCGCCACUUCUGUUCUACCUGUAUUUGCUCUCACUGAGACAAAUAAUGAGACAGAACCAAAUUGCUUACCUCUAAAAAAAAUUUAAAAGUUGUUUCAACCCAUGUUUGGGUCAAAUAUGGACAAACCCAACCAUUAGUUUAGAAUUUUAAUUAAAUGAUAAUCGUUAGUUCUGGCAGGUCACAUUAGUCAAGUUCGCAUCAGCAGAUCUACGUCAGUUUACACAUGGGAUCUGAGUGAAAUGCAUAGUCUCAAGUGAAAAUACACAAAUUUCUAAACAAACAGACGGAGCAGAUGUGUAAAAAUAAACCAGAGUAGUCACCAGCUGGCAUUACAACGUGUGAGAAACUUUUUAAACAAUACAAGACCAAAACAGACAAAAAGCCCAGAAGUCACAUGACAAAAUAGUAACCAAUUAAAAAAAAAAAAAAAUUACCCAAAAAUGAGUUGAAACAACCCAACAUUUUUUGUGUGUAUGUACCAGAUCUCACCUGAUGACUACAGUACAUCCCCAUUGACUCCCUGUUCAAGGCCAAUUGAUGAAGUUAACAGCUGGAUGUCUUCAGUUAAAGGU